GCAUCAUGUAAUACUGUCGCCUUCUUGUGAAAUUGCAUCGUAUCGUAGACGUUACGAGCAGAUGACUCAGUGCAAAACGACAAUAAAAUAUUAACAGGCACUGGUUCUCCUUUGUUGAUUGAGUGAUAAUAAGUGUGUGGCGCGUGGCGUAGGCGCGCGGGAGGCUCUGUGCGUGCGUUGUGUCCUCACCCUCGCCAUAGUGACGUUUUGGCGCCAUCGACCCAUUUAGCACGGCGCACGGCGCGGCGGGCAUGGAAGUAAGGGGUGCACGAAGUGCGUCAUUCGUUAUUAGCUAGUGACAAUGCGAUUGCGAAAAUAUAAUUAGAGGACGAACGGUGCAUUAGACAUAUAAUCGACCCACUAGCAAAGAACAGGCCAAAGAAAUAAAGAAUAAUGUGUUAGUAACGCGAAAGUAUAAAGGAUCGAUUGAUACACACGGCCCACGGCGAUUGAAAAAUGGACUCACGAUUAUUAUGCACGAUGAUGGUGUUCGCAUCCGAGAGACACUAUCAAGGGCAGCAUGCGUAAACAUAAGAGAGAGAGCCGGGCGACUGCCUGCGGGCCUGCCACGUCAAGAGAACUUCUAAACACUCCACACUCAGCCAUCUGAUAUCAACACGCUACGCUAAGACGAAAUGCAGUGCUCGGUAACACUGAACAGUGAACGUAACAGGGGGAAAAUAAAAAUGAAGACAUUUAACAAUAAUAAGAAUCCUUGCAAGAAGGAACUAAAUAUUGAUAAAAUAGUUGACCAGCUGUCCACAAGACUCGAGGAUCAGGAAAGUCCGUCGCAAGAAGGUAUGCCAACGUGUUCUAUUGAACAAGCAGAGGCAGUACGACGAUAUUACGCAGCAUUUCCGGCUCUAAAGAAAGGUAAAGAGUCUCCGUUGCAAUAUUACCUCCCACCCCCACUGUGGUGUCGCAAGACAAAAGCUGAGCCCGAAGUCAAGAUGCAAUGCGAACUGUCGCCGUCGAAGGACUGGAACCAGAGGAACAAGAAGCUCUCCACUAGCAAGGAGCGACGCAACUCCUACCAAGGGCAGAAGAGGAAUAGGAAGAGGUGCAACAGCUACAGCAGGUCUUUCGAGAGCAAGGACAAUUUGCCUGAGUGGGUCACUUACGAGGGUGUCUGGGACAUGGAGAACCAAGAUCCCGUAAAGGAGUUCAUUCGCGCGAUAGCCCUGGACGAGGGCUACGGCACCUGCGAGAACACCGUCACUGAUGACAUCCGCGACACUAGCGCCAAACUCGCGGCCAAGGACACAGCCGUGCCGGACUGGGACGACGAGCUCGACCUGGACACUGAGUGGGUCAUCACUGACGACCUCGAACCUCGCGCGCUCACACCCACCGAGGAGGAACUUUACGCUAAGUUCGAGGCCAAGUUCGACCACAGCAUCGAGGCGCUCUGGGCGAAAGAUCAGAACACCCCCGACGAUGAGUACCAGGACUUGCCCAUCGACUUCCACGACUUGCUGUCUUCUCCUUCAGACCAUUUGCUAGCUAAAGCGCCAGUCGAAAAAUGCGCUUUGGAUUCCUUCGAGUGCGCCAGCGUUAACCUCUGCCCCCCACCGCCCGAGCGCGACGACUCCGCCGCGUGCGCCGUCUCCGCGUUACCCGAACGAUUUCGGCCCCUCAAUCUCGCCGAUCCCGAACCGCCCGUUCCGGUGGAACUCGAAUCUUUUGCGCUGUAUGAGGGCGAGGAUAUUUACGAGGCCCUCACCGUCGUCGCUAACAGCAUGCGCUCCUUCACCGCCAUCAACCAUAGCCGCGACACUAGCGGCUUCGUAGAAGUACCGCCGAGGAAACCGCGCGCGCAACCCCUGCCGCCGCCCGAGACCCGUCCGCUCCCGCCGCCCGAAAUCGAUGAGCGCGAAGAUCUGCUAACAUCCGCGCGCACACACUUCCGCCCUAUCCGGCGUGAAAUCGACGCGGAACCGACCCGUUACGCCGACGGCGACACGUUUGACAUCCGUGGCGACCUCGACCCGGUGGAGGAGCGUCGCAGCGCGCGCGGCGGUGUGUACGUCGGAGCCUCCAACGAACUCUACUUCGAGUACCGCGCCGCUCGGACCAUCCACUACGGCCGCCUCAACCUGACGCCCGCCCAGCGCUGUCCCGACCUCGAGGACUCCGGUCUGCGCCUGCGCUUCCCGGUGCGGCAGCGCGACACCGGCGUACAGACCGAGCGGCCGCCCGCCGCCGCCUGGCCCUGCGAGGAGUGCGGCCGCGCCGCCAAGAAGAUGCGCGCCGGCACCGACCCGGUGUGGGGCGCCGACUCCACGUGCGCCGCGUGUGCCGCGCCGCCGCCCUCCGCCGCGGCUGCGCCGCCGCCCGACCUGGCCGGCGAGUGGGAGGAGCUGCUGUCGGACAUCAGCGCGGCGCACGCGCGCCUGGCGGACGAAGGCGCGGCGGAGGGCGGCGGCGAGUCCCGCGCGGACCGCAAGCGGCGCCACAGCGCGGCGCUGCGGUGCGCGCCGGCGUGCACACACCCGCACGCGCGGUUCCUGCCGUGCUGCGCGCUGGCGCUGGACCGCCCGCUGACGCGCUAGAGCCGGGCCGGUGCCGCCGCCUGCCGCGGAGGCCACGUCGUGUCGGGGCGGCCGAGUUGUUUUCUUUGCUGUUGUUCGCCAUCUCCGCAAGAGUACACUUCGCUCACUGUUCGUUGAUCGCGCCAGCGUGUUUGAAAUCAUGUAGAAAGUGUACGAGAGGCCCGAGUUUAAAGUUCUUUAUACCUGUCUAAACGUCACGAUUCCGUCGCGCCGACCGCCGCGAGUUCGAAUACCGACCGCGCUCUCGGGCGACAUUAGCGUGAUAAAUUAGCAAUAAUAAUGAUAGGAUUAAUUAGCGAAGCCUUAUAAAAACGUUACGUUCUCCAAGAGGAAUGAAGCGAGGUACGAGAGAGAAUUGUUACACGUGCUAACAUAUCUUAUGAUUGUAGAUAUCGAGUGGAGAGUUUAUAAUGUAACGUAAUUUUAGUUCAAUAUUUUCCUUGUAGAGAUUUCAUAUUGAUGUAGGUAUGCUCGGUGGAAUGCUCCCGCUUGUAGAUUUUGUUUAUAAUGUAAAUUCGUAUUGUUAUUGUAAAAUUAUUAUAGUUUUGUCGUGCAUGGAUUUAAAAUUCACAACACUUUACAUUUGUUUAAAAAAUUAUAUUUUAUGAAUGAUGGGGUCCGGUCGUUUUCGGCAUGCCGUGGGUAUAUCCCAUCCAAACACAAGUCCAGGCGGCAGCAUUCCACGGCGAGCACGAUAGGACGAUUCUAAUAUAAUUCUUACAAUAAUAUCGUCCCGAAUCGUUUAAUAAUUUGUUAAAGUGUAGGUAGAACAGGUUUUUUUUUUUAUUUUUGUUAGUAUUUUUCGUUUACGUUUUGGCAAUCUAAAUUCAUUCUAAAUUCUAUAAGGUGAAUUGUUCUGUUUUCUGUUGAUACAUUAGUAGUGAGCGCCAGGAGUGGUCGCUCGGGGCCGGGGGCACGCCGGCAGCGUCGGCCCCUUGUCUAAGUUUGUUUACACGCGGCGAUUUUAUUGAGUGGCCGCUUUAUAUAGUGUAAAGGAGGCGCUGUGCCGCAGAGUGCCGCCGCGCCGGGCGCCGCCGUGUCUGCGCGCAGGCGCCGGCGAGGCGGUCGCCGCCGCGGCCGGUCGACGACGGCUAAUUGUAACAUAAUUUACAGCUCCGAAUGUGGAUUGUAACAGUUCUUGUAGGCGUAACUGUUAUCAUAGUUCAUGUAAAACGUAAGAAGUGUAUAUGUCAUAUUUUCUUAUAAUUUCAUGGCCGCGGUGGCGCGCCUCCGCGUCGCUCGGAUCGCUUCGUCUCUCUGACCGGAGCGCGUCGCCGCGGACACCUUAUUUAUUUCAUGUGAAAGCCUUGUCUAGUUACGAUAUCAUAUAAAAUUAAAUAUUCGGGCAAAACUUUUGCUACUUUAUGUGUCGUGUUUUAUAUAUUUAUUUUUAUGUAGUGUGAUUUACUUCUGUUUGUAAUAACUGAAAAUGAAAAAGCCAAAAAAAUAUUUCUCCGAACUUUACAUCAGAAAGGCUAUCAUUGUAUAUAUAUUUAGUAUAUUGUGAAAUUAAUGUAUAGUAAUUUUCAGUUGUUUUGAAACUGUAUUAUUAUAUGUUCGCGAUUGUCGUUGAUUUCGUUAUCUGAAGUGUUUGUAAAUGAACUUUUUGUAAGUAGACGGCACCAUCAGUUUACUCGUUGCGAUAUUUCAGAUGCUGGAGUCAAUAUUAUGUACCAUUUAUCUAAAGUUACAUCACUAGUGCGGUUGGGUAUUUUAAACUCAUUCAACUAAUUCACAUUCAUUUUUGUGUCACAUAAUCUUUAUCAUCUUUUUUUUCUGUCAUAAGUUCAUAUUAUAUUGUACUUAUUGCAUUAAUGAUAUUUGCUAAACGAUACCUCGAUAAAAAAAAAUGUUAUAAAAUACAAAAAAAAAGAAAAACUAGAUUCAAGUUGCAUAUAAUAUUAUGUUUGAUAGUAAUCAAUCGUAAUGUAAUGUGCUUAAGCACUUGAUCGAUUGUCCAAAACAUCAAUGGAUGAAAACCGUUUUGUAACAAUGAUUGUAUUGUUAGAAAACACUGAAGCCUGCGGCGGUGCAUUUGCAAAGGGGGACGGGCAACACCAGGGCAUGUUAACACCGUGCCGUCGCAGGCUUUCACGAGACUGGCGCGAGACCAAUAACGCUAUAAAUACACUAAAUAUUAACGUAUAGUUGGAUUAUUGAUGUCGCGGCAUAGGGUCCUUUGAGCCAUCUUGUCUCAACACAAUAAAUGUGUAUUUAUUGACGCCGAACGAACGGCAGUGCCUAUGCGACACAAGUGGUUCCAAAGGGAUAAUGUAGAGCCCCCACUGAACACUUCACUUGUAAGCCACAUCGGCAUCUUUUAAGUGGCUAAUGAGCUUUUCGUCGUUCAUGUAUCGGUAUUUCAAAUAUUAGCAUCUUUUUUACAAUCAGCAAAUAACCAAACGUUUGUUUUCAUGAAAUAGUUAUAUCGUUUUGUUUAUUUUGAUGUGAGAGCGACACCCUUUUUCUAUAAAUUUCUAUAUGGACACGUAGCAACUCAGCACACGUUUACGAAACUUGCAUAGAAUCAGAAAUUCAAAAUUUUCGAAUUGCUCUCUCGUCAAUGGCAAGUCCGCUUGUAACCGAUCGCUAUCUAUUGGCCUUGGUUACAUGCAUAUUUGUUCACAUUUCAUAUCAGAUUAUAUCAUUUUUUCUUUUUGAAAUUUCGUAAAUUCAUUAGAGAUUUAAAAAUAUUAUAAUAGGCCGGGGUAGGAGCAUCGCAAGGGAUUACACAUCUUGUCGUCUUGAUCUUAAUAUUAAAGUGCACAGCAACAGUUGCUCACAUGAAUCUGUUGACAACUAAGGGAUUACAAAAACAUAAUAUGUAAUGUGUAAUGGAUAAUUUUACUACUAGUUUAUGUAUUUAAUGUGAAAUAAGACUAAAAUUCUAUUUAGUUUGUUUAGUAGUGAUUAUCCCUGAAAAUAGUUACCAUUUUCAUAAAUUGUUAGGUUGUGCUCGCUACUCUGGUUCUUGCCACCUGUGGGAAAAAAAUAAAAAUAAAUAUCCACA